AUACGAUCUCACACGCAAACCUCCACUAUCAGUUACCAGUUACCGCAGUUCGCCGGACUGCCGGAGCCGGAGCCGGAGCCGGAACCGGAACCACACCAUUUGGGAAUUUGGGAUGGCGCUGGCUAGGGUUCCGCCGUCUUCCGCAGCCCGCCUCCUCCCCUCCUCCCUGCUCCAAUCCUUCCUCCGCCCUUUCUCCUCCUCGGCCUCUCCCCUCCGCAGUUCCCGCCGGAGAAGCUCUCCCAUUGCGGCCGCCUUCUCCCACGCUGUGAGGGAGGGGCAGGUGAUGGAGGCGCCCAUUCCCAUCUCCAGGCGGCCCUGGAAGCCCACGUGCUUGUACUACACCCAGGGCAAGUGCACCAUGAUGAAUGAUGCUAUGCAUCUUGAGAAGUUUAGUCACAAUUUGAUGAUGGACCUUCCAGUGAAUGCAUCAGCUGCAGACAAAGUGAAGCCUCAAAAACUGGAUUAUCUUUUGAUUCUUGAUUUGGAGGGUAAGGUCGAAAUUCUUGAAUUCCCGGUCGUGAUGAUUGAUGCUCAAAGCAUGGAAUUUAUUGAUUCAUUUCACAGGUUUGUGCGUCCAACUGCAAUGAGUGAGCAAAGAAUAACAGAAUACAUAGAAGGGAAAUAUGGAAAGUUUGGGGUUGACCGUGUAUGGCAUGACACUGCUAUCCCUUUCAAGGAAGUGCUGCAAGAGUUUGAGGACUGGAUUGGAAAUCACAGCCUGUGGAAAACGGAGCAAGGAGGAUCACUCAACAGUGCAGCAUUUGUUACUUGUGGAAAUUGGGAUUUGAAGACGAAGAUCCCUGAGCAGUGCAAGGUUUCAAAAAUAAAGCUACCAACUUAUUUUAUGGAAUGGAUUAAUUUGAAGGAUAUCUACCUCAACUUCUAUAGCAGAAGGGCAACUGGAAUGAUGACAAUGAUGAGGGAGCUUCAAAUGCCAAUUGUUGGAAGCCACCAUCUCGGGAUAGAUGAUUCGAAAAAUAUAGCAAGAGUGGUUCAGCGCAUGCUUGCUGACGGUGCUGUGAUGCAAAUUACUGCGAAGAGGCAGUCAGCUACUGGCGAUGUGAAAUUUCUUUUCAAGGACCGAAUUAGGUGAUUGAAAAGUGUAACGUUCCCAGUUUUUUGACAUGGCGCUGCUGAAUUUGUGACUGGCCAUCAAAUUUCGACGCUGUUGGCUGCUCUGGUGAUAUUCUAUCGAAGUUUGAAUGGCAUGUUAAAGUUAUGGAGCAAACUGAGAAUGCUGAAAAGAUUUAUUGCGUGGCAGGUCAAGUGUUCUUAAGUUAGGAUUUUCUUUUUCUUUUGACUAUUCAAAUUAAUUGGUGAGUUAUAUAUGCAGAUAAUGUUGUUCCUGCGGUGGUCAUAAAUGCUGUACUAAAGUAUUGUUGGUGCUAGAUAUUAUUUGCAUUUUUGAACUAACAGGUCCAGAAUGUUGAUAAGCCCACAGUAUUUGUUCUUAAA